CAAUCGUAAAAGGAUUUUGCAUUCAAGCUGUCGUGACGAUACGCCGCGAACUUGUGACGUAAGACGCAAGAGCUCGGCCUGGUAUAUAAAGCGCGUAUUGUUCCGUCUUACGCAUAGACGACUUCUGUCUCGAGGAGAGUAGACACAGUUGGGAAGCCAAGGCUCGCUUGUUCAAGGUAAGAGAUGGCUCGUACAAAACAGACCGCUCGUAAGUCCACUGGUGGAAAGGCUCCCCGAAAACAACUGGCCACAAAGGCUGCCAGGAAAAGUGCGCCCUCUACAGGAGGUGUGAAGAAGCCCCAUCGCUACAGGCCUGGCACUGUUGCACUUCGUGAAAUCCGCCGUUACCAGAAGUCAACUGAGCUCCUGAUCCGUAAACUGCCCUUCCAGAGGUUGGUGAGAGAGAUUGCCCAGGACUUCAAGACUGACCUCCGUUUCCAGAGUGCUGCUAUUGGUGCAUUGCAGGAGGCCAGUGAAGCAUACCUUGUUGGCCUGUUUGAAGACACUAACCUCUGUGCCAUUCAUGCAAAAAGAGUGACAAUCAUGCCCAAGGACAUCCAGCUUGCUCGCAGGAUACGAGGAGAGCGGGCAUAGUGGCACUUGUGGAGUUUUUAUAGAGCUUGUGUAUAAUACUUUGGUUUUAACUUGUGUUUUUAUUUUGUAUGACUUGUCUCCUUUUUGUAAUUUACCAACCAUUCCAUCUGCCACUCAGGGUGAAUGCUGAUUUUAGUUGUCCAUUGGUGUUCCAGUCCCAGAUAAAGACUGACAUUGGGCAGUGGGUGCUUAUGCUUUUGCAUGACCGUGGCCCUGUUCCACUGUGCUCUGCAGCCAAUGCAAUAGCCUGUCAGUAAGGGACUCUCCAGCCUGUGUGAUCUGAUGCUAAGAUGUCUUCAUGAUAACGUGGGCAUGAAGACUUGUAUGUUGUGUAUGAGACUAGUAUAUAGGGUCAGUUCUGUAAGGUCUUUGUGCACACUGAGUAUUUUAAGGCAUUCUAUUAUGCAUUGAAAUCCCCAACCCACUUUAUUGGAAACGUGUGUUGCUGUUCACUUACCCCCUGAAGUAAAUAGGAUGUGUAGAUCCUCUUUGGUACAUUGUUAAUAUAGAUGUGUCAAAGUUAAAAAGCAUUUUAGUCAACCAGAAUUCUGUACCUAAAGUCCCCAGAGUGUAUUUAAAAACUCAGUGUGAACAACCCCCUAAGUGUUCCUGCCUAGAGUCGCAGUGAGACUGUUAACCUGUCAGUUUGUUUCCCUUUACCACUCAUUGUAACUCUGAAUUGGGUGGUCACUGCAGCUCGCCCAACUUGAGGUGACUUGGUGCUUUGUACAGUGCAGACUGAUAUGUUAAGGCAGCUACAGACACAAUGUGCAUUUAUGAGAGCUAUUUUAUAUAUUGUAGUGUCAGUAUUUUAAAUUUAAAUGUUUUAUCACUCAA